CCUUGAGUAAAAAAAAAAAAUAAAAAAAUAUCUCAGCUUUCAACUGCUGAGUUGAAUAUUUUAUAAAUGGAUAAUAACAAUUCAGUAUGUUCACCAGAAAAUAAUAAUACAUUUAAAAAUAACAACAACAUGAAAUUCAACUUGGCCACAUCAACAACACGUGAGAUAAUUAAUUCACCAUCAUUAUUAAAUCACAAUAUUGAUGACAUUAUUAAAAAAUUACCUAUAACAAGUGACAUUAAAUUUGGAUUAUGGAUAAUACAUGGAAAAAAAUUACAAAAAUUUGCUAAAAUUCAAUGGUAUGUUGUUGUUUAUGGUUUUUUGAGUCUUGUUUUUUCAGCAAGUUUAGCUUAUUAUACUGGAACUAUUACAACUAUUGAAAAAAGAUUUCAAAUACCAUCAAUAAUAAUAUCUUUCAUUGGUGUCAGUAAUAAUAUAUCUCAACUAUUGGUAUCAUGUGUGUUAUCAUAUUAUUGUACCAAUGGCAAUAGACCGAGAUGGAUGGCAAUUGGAAUUUACAUUCAUUUAUUUGGAUGUUUACUUGCAUUAUUACCUCAUUUACUAUAUGGUCCAGGUGAUGAAGCUGUUGAAUUAUCAAAAGAAUACAGUGAUUUAUCAUCAAACACAAAAAAUAUAAAAUAUCAAGUAAUGCAAAAAUUUAUUUGCCUUGAUAAUAAUACAACAAAAUGUCAUGAAUUAAAUGAUAAUACAACAUCAAAAAUUAUAUUUUUUAUAGCAAAAUUUUUAAGUGGUAUUGGUGGAUCAUUAUUAUUUACACUUGGUGUAUCAUAUAUUGAUGACAAUGUGUCUAAAAUUGAUGCACCAAAAUAUGCAAGUAUAACAUAUUUCAUACGUUUAUUGGGACCAGGUAUUGGAUAUUGUCUUUCAUCAUUUACAUUAAAAUUUUUUAUAAUACCUGCAUAUAAUGUACCAACUGAAGAUCCAAGAUUUGUUGGAGCUUGGUGGAUGGGUUGGAUAAUUUUAUCAAUAUUACUUCUCAUAUCAGCAAGUAUCAUGUUACUAUUUCCAAAAGAAUUACCAUUAACAGUAGCACGUCGUAUUUUAUCAAAACAAAAAUAUAAUAAUACUACUUUAAAUAACAAUAACACAACAACAAAUAAAUCAACAUCAUUUAAUGAUAUGCUUAAAACAUUUAAACGUUUAUUAAAAAAUAAAACAUUAAUGUUUAAUAAUGCAGCAACAAUAUGUUACCUGUUUGGUUUUUCAUCAUAUGCAAUGUUUAUGCCAAAAUAUAUUGAAGUACAAUAUAAACAAACAGCAUCAACAUCAGCAUUAAUUACUGGAAUAAUAUAUUUAACAUUUUGUUCAUCUGGUUUAUUAACUGCUGGAUUUAUCAUAAGUAAAUAUGAAAAAAUUAUAAAAGCAAGACAUUUAACAACUUGGAAUAUUAUUGUCAGUUCAACAAGUACAAUUUGCAUGUUAAUGUAUAUUGUUGUUGGUUGUACAGAUAAUGAUAAACAAAUUAUAAAUAUGCAUAAUAACAAUAAUAAUAAUGACAUGUUAAAUUGUAAUAAAUUAUGUAAUUGUGAUUAUGUUUCUUAUAAUCCAAUUUGUUCAGAGGAAGGACGUACUUAUGUAUCAGCUUGUCAUGCUGGAUGUCAAAAUGUAACUAUAAAUGAUAAUGGCUCAAUCAAGUACAGUGAAUGCUCAUGUGUGUUGAGUAAAAAUAUCAAUAAUAAAAUUGGUAGUAAAGGAACAGCUGAACCUGGAUCAUGUCAAGUUGAUUGUUUUUUAAAACUUUGUUUAUUUAUUUGUAUAUUAUCAAUUGUUAGUUUUAUGGCAACUUCUGGUAUGGCUACAAAUUUUCUCAUUUCAAUAAGAUCCAUUGAUGAGAUUGAUAAAACAGCAGCACUUGGAUUGGGACUUACAAUUACAACAUUAUUUGCUAUGAUACCAUCACCACUUGUUUUUGGAUACAUUAUUCAAAUUAAUUGUAUAUUUUCGGGUAAAACUUGUACUGGGUCCAGCAAUAAUUGUUGGCUUUAUGAUACUGAAAAAUUGAGAUACAUGUUUAAUCUCACUGCUGCAGGUGCUGUAGCAAUUGGUCUUUGUUUUGAUAUUACAACAUGGCAUUUAGUCAAACAUGUUAAAAUAUUUGGUGAUGAAUCAUCAACAUGUGAUUCCGAAAAAACCAUUGAAGAAGAAGAAAGAUGAAAAAUAAUAAUAGCUAGCUUCCAUCUACAUAAAAAUAAUCCAAUUAAUGCAUUUAUGUUAAUGCAUUUUAUUUAAUUUAAAAACUACCAACAAAUCCAUGUACAAAAACAGCAUUUUUUUUUUUUAUGUAUAUUUAAUAUGUAAAUAUUUUUUUUAUUGGUAUUUUAUACUCAUUGGUACCUAAGAAAAUAUAUAUUUUAUUAUAAGAAUUAUAUAUAAUUACAAUGAAAAUAUUUUAUAAAAAAUUAUUGUUGUUAUUUUGUUAAUAAAAAUAAAUUAAUUAUACAUUUUAA